AUGAGAAUCACACUGAUCCUUUUAUGGAUCGUUUCUCUCUGGGGUCUCCUCAUAAUCUUCAGCUCCUCGGACUUCUAUGCCAGCGAACCUCUGGUGAUCAAACUGACUGGUUUGGAGGAGGAGUGGAUCCGAUUGUUGUCUAGUGCACGCCUCCACAACCAUUCCAUCCGUCUUAACAUCUCCAACUCCGUUCCAACUCAUUAUCUCCUCAAAAGCUGCCAUACAAUCAUCUGGAAGUCAUAUGAACCAACCAAAACUGUGAUUAUUGAAUAUACUCAGCCUUGGAUUCCGGCUCUUCUGAAGUUGGCGAGCAGAUAUUCUCGAUUCAUGCCAUUGACGACUCCUCCUCCUCCAACGGCUUCCUAUCAGUUCACAUAUAUGAAGUAUGAAUUACUCUACCUCAUCUUCAUCCUCCUUCUUAUCACCAUGCUCCUUCAGUUUCAAAAAAGAUAUGAAGUCACUCCGGAAGUCGCCUACCAUCAGUAUCAUGUUUUCAAAAAAAGUCAAGACUUUUCUUAA